GGACAUGUGCGUUUCAACAGUGUCAACGGAACAUGACUGGAACUUCGAGACUACCAGCUGGGCGAUCACCAAGUAGAAGGCCGCUUAAGCUGAACUGAGCCAGGAUGGCGCCCGUCCUGGACCUGCCGCUUCCACCCCUCGACAAGAAACGCUUUAGGUUUGUUGAGGUUUUGGCGCAGCAGGACAGACCAAUCGGGCAGAUUGAACUUUAUCAUGACUGCCAACAAAACUGCAAGGUGGUGGGAAAGCGAAUGCUCCGAUCCUGGACCUUGGGCAGUGCCAAGGAGUUUGAAGAUGAGCAUCCUGAGCUUUUGGAGAGCCCAUGGAAGGAGCUUGCGCUCAGCUUAUUUGUGGGGUCAACAGAAAUGAAGGGAAUUUGCAAAUGCUAUGGCGCCUUUGAAGAUCCCAAGGGAGAUGUUCUCAUCUUUUUGGAGUACAUUUGUGGUGGUGACAUUCAUGAUCUGGCACGGAGAUGUACGACAGAGCCCGGUCCAGAACGGGAGGCGAAGGCAUGGCCUGUCAUUCUCUCGUUGUUGGGAGCUGUUCAAUCGUUGCAUCACAUUGGCGUGGCUCAUGGAGACAUUUCUCUGGAAAAUGCCUUGUUAAGUCCCGACGGAGAGGUGCGUUUGGUAGAUUUCGCCGCCUCAGUCACAGACACACGUACACGUGGCAUCCGUGGAAAGCCAUCCUAUCAGGCACCAGAGAUGCACACGCCCAACUCUUAUGAUCCCUUCGCUGCCGACCUCUUCGCAUGCGGGGUCUUCGCAUAUUGCUUGGUGGUGGCAGAUUAUCCUUGGAGAUGCACCAGUCCGAACAAGUGUGCAGCUUUUGACUUCUACCUCUUGCACGGUUUGCCAGCCUUCCUGGCUCAGCGGAAAUUGCGUUUCGAAGGCAUGCAGAGGCGUCCAGUUCAGGCAAUAUUAUCUCAAAGGUUGACACACCUGCUUAGUGUUCUGCUGGAUCCCGUCCCUGAGAGACGCAAAGGAGUUUGGCAGGAGUUGCGAGAGAUGGAGCCGGUGAUGGUGGAAGUCCAGGAGGACACGAGCAGCGCAGCUCAUUCACCACCCGCGCUGAAGGUCAACUGAUGGUCGGCUGCGACAAAGCCAGGGCCGACGGGGCAAUCCGAAAGUCCCGAGGAAAUUCAC